UCACGAGGCGCCGCGAUGGUGUCCGGCAGGGGACCAGCCAUGAUGUCAUCAGGAAGCCCCGCAAUGGUGUCUGGCGGCGGAUCAGCCACGGCGCCAUCAGGAGGAGCCACGGCGCCAUCAGGAGGAGGCACGGUGCCAUCAGGAGGAGGCACGGCGCCAUCAGGAGGAGGCACGGCGCCAUCAGGAGGAGGCACGGCGCCAUCAGGAGGAGGCACGGCCCCAUCAGGAGGAGGCACGGCCCCAUCAGGAGGAGGCACGGCGCCAUCAGGAGGAGGCACGGCGCCAUCAGGAGGAGGCACGGCCCCAUCAGGAGGAGGCACGGCCCCAUCAGGAGGAGGCACGGCCCCAUCAGGAGGAGGCACGGCGCCAUCAGGAGGAGGCACGGCCCCAUCAGGAGGAGGCACGGCCCCAUCAGGAGGAGGCACGGCCCCAUCAGGAGGAGGCACGGCCCCAUCAGGAGGAGGCACGGCCCCAUCAGGAGGAGGCACGGCCCCAUCAGGAGGAGGCACGGCCCCAUCAGGAGGAGGCACGGCCCCAUCAGGAGGAGGCACGGCGCCAUCAGGAGGAGGCACGGCCCCAUCAGGAGGAGGCACGGCCCCAUCAGGAGGAGGCACGGCCCCAUCAGGAGGAGGCACGGCCCCAUCAGGAGGAGGCACGGCGCCAUCAGGAGGAGGCACGGCGCCAUCAGCAGGAGGCACGGCCCCAUCAGCAGGAGGCACGGCGCCAUCAGCAGGCGGCACGGCCCCAUCAGCAGGAGGCCCGGCGCCAUCAGCAGGAGGCCCGGCGCCAUCAGCAGGAGGCACGGCGCCAUCAGCAGGAGGCCCGGCGCCAUCAGCAGGAGGCACGGCGCCAUCAGGAGGAGGCACGGCGCCAUCAGCAGGAGGCACGGCGCCAUCAGCAGGAGGCACGGCCCCAUCAGCAGGAGGCACGGCGCCAUCAGCAGGAGGCGUCACAAUGGUGUCCGGUGGGGGACCAGCUCUGAUGUCAUCAGGAGGCGUCGCAAUGGUGUCCGGUGGGGGACCAGCUCUGAUGUCAUCAGGAGGCGUCGCAAUGGUGUCCGGUGGGGGACCAGCUCUGAUGUCAUCAGGAGGCGUCGCGAUGGUGUCCGGUGGGGGACCAGCUCUGAUGUCAUCAGGAGGUGCUGCGAUGGUGUCAGGCGGGGGAACAGCCAUGGAGGAAGGUACAGCCACGGUGUCAUCGGGAGGUGGCACUGUGUCCGGCGGAGGUUCCAUGAUGAUGUCAUCGGGCGGGGGCAUGACCGCGUCCGGUAGCAGCUUGUCUUCCACCAGCGUGUUGACCAGCUCCACCAUGGAAGGUAAACAUAGAGAUAUAAUAACUAGACCAGCUCCACCAUGGAAGGUAAACAUAGAGAUAUAAUAACUAGACCAGCUCCACCAUGGAAGGUAAACAUAGAGAUAUAAUAACUAGACCAGCUCCACCAUGGAAGGUAAACAUAGAGAUAUAAUAACUAGACCAGCUCCACCAUGGAAGGUGAGAAUAGAGAUAUAAUAACUAGACCAGCUCCACCAUGGAAGGUGAGAAUAGAGAUAUAAUAACUAGACCAGCUCCACCAUGGAAGGUGAGAAUAGAGAUAUAAUAACUAGACCAGCUCCACCAUGGAAGGUGAGAAUAGAGAUAUAAUAACUAGACCAGCUCCACCAUGGAAGGUAAACAUAGAGAUAUAAUAACUAGACCAGCUCCACCAUGGAAGGUAAACAUAGAGAUAUAAUAACUAGACCAGCUCCACCAUGGAAGGUGAGAAUAGAGAUAUAAUAACUAGACCAGCUCCACCAUGGAAGGUAAACAUAGAGAUAUAAUAACUAGACCAGCUCCACCAUGGAAUGUAAACAUAGAGAUAUAAUAACUAGACCAGCUCCACCAUGGAAGGUAAACAUAGAGAUAUAAUAACUAGACCAGCUCCACCAUGGAAGGUAAACAUAGAGAUAUAAUAACUAGACCAGCUCCACCAUGGAAGGUAAACAUAGAGAUAUAAUAACUAGACCAGCUCCACCAUGGAAGGUACAGUCUCUACUGGUGAUAUUACCAUAGUUCCCAUAUAGUGAUUCCCUUCUCUGAUUCACGUCACAACACUCUCCAGGACCACGGAACCCCCUACACACACACACACACACACACACACACACACACACACACACACACACACACACACACACACACACACACACACACACACACACACACACACACACACACAC